AUGGGCAACACCAUGGUCAACUACAGCACCUUCCUGGACGACAACAAGAUCCACCUCCCGUAUGCUCCCUCCGCUGCGCCCCUCCCGCUGCAUGCCACUCGCGCAUCUCUCCCCUUGCAUCCAUCACACCGCCCGCAGCAACUCCCUCACUCCCCUCUCGGGCACCCAUCUUCCCCUACCCCAGCCCUUCACAAGCGGCGUAGCGUACCCUCCCAUUGUCCUUCUCUCCACUCUCAUCCGCGCCCCUUCAGCCGCCCCUCACUGCGACCUUUCUCUCCCCUUCCCCCACCUUCUUUCUCCCACCUCACCAGCGUGUACCCAUACUACGUGAAUCUCAAGCUGGGGUCGCAGAAGCAGCAGUUCAGCAUGUUGCUCGACCUACAGCUGCGCCACACCUUCGUGCCCUGCGACUGCCUGCACUGCGGCUCUGCGCGCAAGGGGACCGUCAACAGCAAGCCCUUCAGCACUCUAACCUCCACAACCCUCAAGUACAUCUCCUGUGUGGACCAGCGCUGCCAGGGGGGCCUCAAGUCCGGCUACUACGGCUGCAACACACAAGGGCUCCCCAACUACCUCAAUGUCACGGACCUGCCUGGGGACGACGCUCUCUGCGUGUACGACGUGUAUGCAGCAACCUACGACUACUAUGAAGCCGACACUGUUGCGGACUCGUACCUCGAGUCAGCGGGGCAUGUGGUGGAGGACACCAUCUACCUCACUGCACCUGAUGGUACCGAAGUCAACCGAUCCAUCAUUCUUGGUCCCUUCCUGGAGCAACUCUCUGCCGGCUCUGACUCCUUCGCCGUGUGCCUGGAGGAGCCGACGCCGACGAACAAGACGGGGUGGGAUGGCAAGGUGCCGCUGCAGACAGGCAGCAGCCAUCUCACCAUCGGAGCCACCGGCCUCCCUGCCGGCGCCAACUACUCGCGCAUGUAA